AUGCUACAUAUAUUCUGGGCCAUUGGCAUCAUCAUCGUCAACGCCGUCACCUCCCACGAUAUCACCCGACUGGACGACGCUGCCUACAGGAUCCCCAUCGCCCUCCAGUGGAUGUUCCUCACGCCCCUCGCCAUUCUCCUCUUCCUGGCCCCCGAGUCUCCCUGGUGGCUCAACAUUGACGCGUCCGUUACCAUGGUGCGUCGUACUAUUGAUCUCGAGAAGACCGAGAAGGAGAAUAACUACCUGGAGCUUCUCCGCAACACCGGUAUCUACCGUAUCUUUAUCGUCUGCGGUGUGUACGCUGCCUAG